GGACAUUGGUUAACCGAAGGUCAACUUUCAUUUCGUUGUGGAUACAUAAUUUGAGGUCGUUGUAACAUUUUGAAAGAUCUGGACAUGCUAGGAUUUGGUGAACAGACAGAAAAUUCUACUCACAUUCGUGACAACUUGAAAGCUGAAACUCCACUAUUGAAUAAUGCAAAGCGCAAACUAGGAUUAAGAGAUUUGAACAUUCAGCAGCAUGUUCAUCUGCAGUCAGAAAUAAUGCGACCCUCUAAAACUGUAGUUCCUGAAAACGUAUAUAAGGAAGCAUGUGAGAAAUUCUUUGCAUAUGAAGACAAAGAUGACUACGGUGAUUUAUGCACUCGCCUUGAUAAUAUAAAGUCACUUGUGGAUGGAGUGAUUUCUCUUUCCUGCAUGAGUCAUUCUUCAGAUUUCGUUGAAUUUUCAAUGAAUGGUGAGGUCUGUUGUGUUUUACUAGUACUGGUAGACGAUGGUGAUGAAUUUGAUCCAUCAGAUUUCGAAAUACCAGAUUCUGAAUUCAACACAAUGUUCUGUUGUCUUGGCUAGAAAGUUAUUAUGUCGAUUUAAUUCGUUCUCAGAAAUGCUUUAGAUACAAGUAUCUCACUAUUGAGUGUCAACUCCAGUUUGUUCCCAUUCAGCCUAUUUUUUGUACCAUUUACGUUUAUGUACCCUUUUUAACCUGUCAGUUUGCAGCGGUAGAUAUUGUAAGCUGGAACGUCAAUUAAAUUCUCUUUAAUAUGC